CAUCUCUUGUUUACUUCCGGUUGGCAUUUCCCGGUGGCUAGCCAGCGGCAGAAGCGACUGGUCGACCAGUAAGUGACUUUCAUCUCUUUUCAGCUUUUCUCGCGGUGUUACUGUUUAAAGAAAGUGCAUUUUUGUUGUUGUUGUGUGACGUAGAAGUUUUAAAAGUACUGCAAAUGUCAACAUGUCCACAAUGGCGACAAGGCUAAUGCUACGUGUUAGCUUCCCGUGCUAGCUCGUACACAACAGAACAUAAAGAUGCUCGCUGACCUUUAUUGACCUUGAACCGUGUAGUUUGUUGACCUUGAGCCGUGUAGUUUGUUGCUGGGUGCGGGGCCGCCAUGAACAUCCUGCCCAAGAAGAGCUGGCACGUCCGGAACAAGGACAAUGUGGCCCGUGUGAGGAGGGAUGAAGCCCAGGCCGCGGAGGAGGAACGUGAGGCCAAGCGACGAGUGGACAGAGCCGAGCAGGAGGCACGCACGGAAUAUCUGCGGAGGAAAGCAAGAGCAGCUCUCCAGUCGGCAGAAGGAGAAAGCCGGGAAGACAAAGAUGAGGGACAAAGUGUGGCUUCGGAACACCUCAACCUGUUCCCCCUGGAGGACUCCUCCCAGAAGAAGGGCAACGAGGAGUACCUCAAGGAGAAGCAAGAGGAGAAGGAGAAACAGGAGCGCGCCAUCGGCCUGCUGGUGUCCCUGGGACCUCAGCCCGGGACCGAGGUGACGCCAUGGUACAUGAAGACAGGCCAGGAGAAGGAAGAGGAGAAGCAGAAGCAGGAGAAGGGCAAGACCAAGGAGAUAAGCGAGGAGGAGAAGGAGAGGAAAGACCGUCGGCUGAAGGACAGCUUGGACCCGCUGAAAGACAUGCGCCAAGCACUCGGCGGGACGCCCAUGAAGACUCACAAGAAGAAGGACAGGAGGGACAGAGAAGAGAAGAGGAGCAGUGGGGAAAGCUCCAUAGAGCGACUCCGAGCCGAGCGCCUGCAGAGGGAGGCGGAGGAGCGGCGGCGAGCUCAGACUCUGCUGGCUCAGCGUAACGGAAAGGACAAGCAGGCGGCGAAGGAGCUGAGUGAGCGCGAGAGGCCAUACAACAACGCUUACUUCCCCGAGCUGGCUCGGAAGAGACAGAGGCGGGACAGAGACAGCUGGAGGGACGAGAUUUUAAAAUCCUGAACUCUUCUUACUCGCAAACCAAGGUGGUGCACAAUUUACUAAUAGUUGGUCAAGUGCACUACACAUCAAAUAGGUUAUCAUUAAUACUGACCACUCCAUCACUUUCAUCUUCCUCAGUAAGACACUGAUGGUGUUUUCUGCUUCAUCAAGUCACAGAAAAUGUUUACGCUCAAUCAACCGCAACUCGCCAAUUUGUACAGCACUCUUGCAGCCCCAGACCACACCAGCAAGACAGUCAUCUUGCUCCUUGACUCCAUUUCUGCAGAAGGUAAAGCUCUAGUGCGCAGGUGUCCGCGAAACGUCACUAGUUCAAUGAAAGCAAUCUAAAGGAGAUUGCCUUUAUUUACAAAUGUCCAGAUAUUAUGUCGCCAGCUAGUGGACAAGGUGAGUCAUUUCACUCUAAUAGGACGCAUGCACAGCAUUAACUUAUAUGACCCUUAGCAAACGAGCUUCCUUAGUAAUGGUGCAAAAAAUAGAAUACAAAAUGUCAACACACAUUGUCACACAAAACUCACUGAACUAUAUAGGUAAACAAUCACACACAUUUAAAUUCCUUACAAAGCAAGAUGGGAAAAAUGCGAGACACUCUCUUCACACUCAUCAUGUUUGACACAUUUUAGCUGCUUGAUAUUCAUGAUUGAUUACAAAACCUUAAGGAAGUCGUCAUGGAAGAAAGCAAAGUAGGAGUCAAACUUUCACAUACUCUUGAUAGCCAAUUAGAUUAAUUAUUAAUUAUAUAUCCUUUAUAUUAAUAUAAUAUGUAUAUAAAUAUAUGUGAAGGGUACACACACACACACACAUAUAUAUGUAUAUGUGUAUACAUAUAUAUAUAAUUUAAAUGUAGUUGGCUUUUGGCCCUUGACCAAAUUUUUUUUAGCCCAAUGAGGCCCCCAAGUUAAGGUUUGGACGCACGCCCCUGCUCUACAGCAUACAAGCUGUACAUGGACUACUCUAAAGUACAUCAAGUUGACUUUCUGUUGGCUGAAAUGUGAGGAGUGAGAAACAUUUACAUAUUCUUUAACCCAUUGUGCGCACUGUGAUAUCUCCACAGUCUCAAGUGUUAAAAAUAAACGUCAACUCAAUACCA